UGCUGAUCUUUUUUGUCCGAUCUUUCUGGGUGUAAGAUACAUGGCGGAUAUUAUCUGGCACUCGGGCCACAGAGAAGGACAUCAGAGGAAGGAGAGCUGUCGAUCGGAUAUUGUGCUAUUUUGUUUGCCACCCAGGCAGGCAACUGGGCCCCCCAAACGAGAAGCCCCGAAGGCGUGCCCGGGGACACGUGUGCAGGAAUUGGCGUGUUUCUGCAGCCUCAACAGGCACGGAAUAAGGUUGGGCGGGCGCCUGGGUAGCGUGAUCUCGGAGGGGGAGGGAGGAAUGGGCUUUGUUGAGCGAGUUGAGCGAGUUGAGCGAGGGCGAUGGUGAGUCGAUGAAGCAGCAGAGGAGGUCAAAGUGAGGCGAACGGGCUUCAUGGUGCGAAAGAGGAGGCGGCGGCUGUGAUUGGCUGGCGGCUGACGUCGCCGGCGCUGAUUGGCUCACUGCCGGCAGGCGUCGAAGACUUCAUCCAUGGCAGGGCAACCAUUAGUCGAAGGGUGCAUGACAAGUUGGAUUGCAAUUCAGACUCCAAGCACGAAGAUGCUGGGGGGACCAAUCUCCGUGGCUAUAUCGCUAGACAGAGGCUAUUGGCCGCGGCGACUUUGCCCCCUGUACCCCCUCUCCUCCGAAGCCUUAUAUCUCGGUCGAGGCUCUCACCAUCGACUGUAUUUUGGUCUCUACCAUGGCAGCAAAUUCACAAUCUCCAUCCACAUAGGUCAGGUCGGCCUGGGUUUCGAACUCCUACCUCUUGCCAGCUUUCUUCCAUCGCCCAUAUACGUUUUGUGCCUGCUUGGCACUACUACACCUCCUUUCUCACACCCGCAAUGCCUCAAGCAACGAGCCCGCCCCGGGAUUACUGGAUAUCAGGCUAUGGCCUGUCUCGGCAUAUUGUGCUUCGACAGCUGCAGUACUUCUUGGGGCCCUCUGCCACCGUGAGGCCAUAUUCAUAUCGUGUAUGAGGGUCUCUUUCCCGCGGACGACAGGCCACCAGCUGAUCUCAAACAGGGCCGAGAGGGAUUCCUCAUCAAUGGUCCAGAGUUGACCAAGGAGCAGAUAGAAGACCUCAAACGCCAGUCGGAACAAUAUGAAAGGCAACAGACAAUGCGAAUGUCCAACAGGGUCAGCAGCGGCACGGAGGACGAGGACUGCGACAUCAACGAAAUUGUCACCAUCAAUGCAAGCCGGAGGCACAACCUCGCACAUGCUUCUGCAUCCCAUUACAAGCGGUCUCGGUGACCAUUCGUCACAAUGGGCGGGAAAGCGUCUUGCUGCAAAAAAGUUUUUUUUCAUCAGAAAUGGCCACAUGACCUCUCUGUCGACCAACAUGCUCGACUCUCUAAAGAAAGCUGAAAGGGGCCCGCAGCUGGUCUGCUGGUCUGUCACGAGGGCCACAAAAUGGUCCAGUCAGAGACUCGAGGCCGCGCACUGGAACGCUGCCGUGCUGAUUGCCUAGACGAGCGCAGCAGCGCUCUGGAUGAGGACUGGGGAAGUUGCGGGUUGCAGGUUUUUCGAGCAUGGAGCAAUGGAAUUCGGAUUCGUCAGAGUCUUGCAGGUCGGUUAACCUUUUGGGAAUCCUUGUAUGUAUAUGCGGGUACGGUGGAACUAGAGAUUCGUGGCAACUCUAGGUUUUAAGCUCUUGCGCCGCAGAAAUGCCAAACGCCCUAGGUUCAUUGGCGCUUGCAGGGCCUAAUGCGGAGCGUUCGAUUCUCGAGGGGUACACAGCAGCGUUGGCGAUUGCUGAGAGUCAAGUGAGAAACCGGGGGUCGAGGUGGAGGCCAUUUGGCGGUGCAACAAACAGAACGAGCAUGCUGCGUCCGGAGAUGCACCUCAAGAUCCUCUGUAGGUUGUAUAGGUCCAUGGACCGACCAAUACGGGCACAUGGUAAUGUCGCUCGCCCUUUUUCA